AUGCUCGCGCCAGCGGGUGCGACACUGGCGAAACCCGCGGUCGCGACAGCAGGAGGAGCGGCGUCGCCUGCUGACGUGUCAAUAAAGGACGGGGUCACGGGGGUUUCGGACACCCUACUGGCAGCUGAUGGGUCCCGGUUUCUACGGCUGUCUUCCGCCUUUUCCACGUCGUCUAAUGGCGACGGCGCUUCUGGUAGCAGCAAUAGUAGUAGCGAUGGUACUACUCGCCCGUUUGGCGGCCCUGGCGUGGCGCAAGCGCUGUGCGAACUCAAACCUGCGGUGCCGACUAGCAAUGCGUCACGGCAGGCGCAGCAGCAGCAGCAGUCCCCGCGCCAGCUGUCGCUCUCGUUCUUUGCGCGCGCCAGCCUGUGCGCGGAGGGGGAAGGGGGCGCGGAAGGGAAGGCGGAGCGGCUGCUGAAGGUGCUGCUGCUGGCAGUUCCGCUGAACGCUUCCGCCGCAGCAGCAGCAGGGGAAGGGGGAGCAGCUGGAGGAGGGGCGGGGGAGCAGGUGUGGGGAGAGUGGCGGGUGGGUGUGCCGUGUGGGGCGAGCAGCGCGAGUUUGUGUGGCAGAAAGCAUGCAUUGCGCCGCGCAUUGAAAGAAUUCACUGCACACAUGCUCAACAACCAAGAUUUAACCACCCACUCGUGCUCUGUUCAUCGAUCCCUCAAUUCACUUCUGCUCCCACUCUUCCUCCCUCUUCACCUUCCCCCAUCCCAAUCCACUCCCCAUCACUCCCACCGCCCUGCAGCCAACCCCUCCCCUCUCAAGUCCUUCACCCACUGGCCGCUCUCCAGCUCUCACCCGCUCCUCACAGCCGGCUCAGCACGCCGCAACCGCUCCUCCCUCUCCCUCACCACACUCUCCAACCUCAACUCUGCUGCUCUUGCUCUUCACCCCGCCCCCUUCGCCCUGCUCGACCCCGCCACGCCCUCCUCCCCCUGCCGCCCCUUCUCCUUCUCCACCUCCUUCACCUUCCGCAUCUCCUCCCCCAACGCCGCCGGGCUGGGCGGCGAGGGCUUGGCGUUUGUGAUGCUGCCGUCUCCCACGCUCGGCCUUCCGGGGCCGUCCCUGGGCUACGGCCGCCUGCUGCUGCCCCCGGGGAAUAGAAUUGGUGCUGAUGAUUCCGGCUCCAUUGGUGCAGUGUCAUCUCAGCAGCGGAGCCUGGCAGUGGAGUUUGACACAUCCUCUUCCCCUGAAUUCUUCGACCGGUCCGACCACCACGUGGGGGUGAACCUGCACGGCAGCAUGCUCUCUCUCGCCUCUGCCCCGGUGCACCCCCUCGGCAUUCCGUCCCUCAACGCCGGUCAGACCCUCCUCGCCACCAUCCACUACAACGCCUCCUCCUCCCUCCUCACCUGGCUGGGGGGGAACGACCCGGUGGCAGCAGCGCCCCCCCCGCUGCUGUUUGUGGGAUUCACAGCGGCCACGGGCAAGGGGGCGGAGCAGGCUCAGGCGCACGAGGUGCUGGGGUGGACGUUCCAAGUCGAAGAGGCAGCGGAGGAUCCGCUUCCGUUUUGGGCGGUAGACUCGUUCUCCUUCCCCUACAUCACGCCAGCCACUCCCCUGCUGACACGUGGCAGCACACGGAAGCGUUUCUUCGCUGCUGACCUUUCCGUUGCUUCUGCUGACGUAGGGAGAGGGGAAGUGGGCGAGAUGGGGGGUAGGAAAGAGAGAAGGGCUAGUGAGCCACGUGCCCUGCCUUCCCCCGUCGCCCUCUCCUCCUGGACCUUCCGAUUCACAGGUAGGGAGAAAGGAGGAGGAGGGGAUGAGAAGGCAGUGGGAGGGGGAGAGAAGGGAAGGUGGGGAGAAUUGGAAGGGGCCAAGGAGGGGAAGGAAGAGCACCUGCCCAGUGGGACCCAUCUAGCCCCGUGCCUCACACCCUCUCUCUCCUCACCUCACCCUCUGCCUGCCUCACACCCUUCAUCCCUCCCCAUCAGACACCGACCCCUGCAAGGCCUCUCCAGUGCUCCCCUGUGGCACGG